UAGUACUGCAUGGGAGUCACAUUUGGAUUUCUUCAUAGAUCUUGUACAUAUCUUCGACCGCGAUCUUUCACCAGACUCUAUCAGAUACGAUCCACCCAUUCCAGCAUGUCUUCGGUCAACAAAACUGUUCAUCCGUUCGAUAAAGCGCGUUUGGACGUCCUUCUCAAUCGUAGAUUUUUCUAUGCACCUGCUUUCGAAAUAUAUGGCGGUGUCGCCGGUCUCUACGAUUAUGGUCCACCUGGCUCUUCUCUCCAAGCUAACAUCAUCGCCGAAUGGCGCAAACACUUCAUCGUCGAGGAGCACAUGUUAGAGCUCGACACCACCAUCAUGACACCUGCCCCAGUCUUCGAGACAUCCGGUCAUGUAGCUCGAUUUGCCGACUGGAUGGUGAAAGAUACCAAAACCGGUGACGUUCUUCGUGCAGACCAUCUAGUUGGGGGUGUUCUGGAGGCUCGUCUCGCCGGUGACAAAGAAGCCCGUGGCUUGGCUGCUCAGCCACCAAAAGAGGACGAAAAGAAGAAAAAGAAGAAAGUGAAGAGUGUAGUAGUGCAGUUGCCUGAUGAGAAAGUGAAAGAAUACGAAGUCAUCUUGGCUCAGCUCGACAAUUACUCUGGCCCAGAGCUCGGCGAACUCUGCCGAGAACACGAUAUCCGGAACCCUGAUACAGAUAACGACGUCAGUGAGCCUCAGCAGUUCAAUCUGAUGUUCGCUAGUAGCAUCGGUCCCACCGGACAACAUCCUGGUUUCCUUCGUCCCGAAACUGCCCAAGGUCACUUCCUCAACUUCUCUCGUCUCCUCGAAUUCAACAACGGUCGCGUCCCAUUCGCCUCCGCUCAGAUUGGCCGAUCUUUCCGUAACGAGAUCUCUCCACGUGCAGGUCUCCUACGCGUGCGUGAGUUCACCAUGGCCGAAAUCGAACACUUUGUCGAUCCCGCAGAUAAACGGCACGAGCGUUUCCACGAAGUCCGUGACGUCGUUCUCAGCCUGCUCGAUCGUCACGUACAAACCGGUGGAAGCACGAAAGUGACAGCCAUGACCAUAGGUGAUGCAGUAGACAAAGGCAUAGUGGCGAACGAGACACUUGGAUACUUCAUCGCGCGGAUAUAUCAGUUCCUCACCAAGAUCGGGAUAAAUCCAGCUCGUCUGCGGUUCCGCCAGCAUAUGGCGAAUGAGAUGGCACAUUAUGCAACAGACUGUUGGGAUGCAGAAAUUGAGAAUUCAACAGGUUGGACUGAAUGUGUUGGAUGUGCGGAUCGUGCGGCAUAUGAUUUGUCGGUACACUCGGCAAAGACUGGACACCCCCUUGUUGUAAGGCAAGCUUUGAAGGAACCAAUCGUUACCGAAAAAGAAGUGGCAGAACUCAACAAGAAACUUGUCGGCAAGACAUUUGGACGUGACUCGGCACUUCUCCAGAAGAUCGUGGCUGAAAUGGACGAGGCACAACUGCUGAAACUGAAGGGAGAAGUCGCACAAGGUUCUGCAAUUGUAUCUGCAGAAGGCAAGGAAUUCAAAUUGACGCCAGAGCUCAUAACGAUAGAACGCAAGACUUUGAAACAAUCUAUCCGUGAAUUCACACCGAAUGUCAUUGAGCCAUCAUUUGGCUUGGGGCGAAUCCUAUAUACCCUUCUAGAGCACAGCUUCUGGAGCAGGGAACAGGAUGUAGAACGCGGGGUCCUUUCCCUCCCUCCUGUCGUAGCCCCGACAAAAGUCCUAAUCGUGCCUCUAAGUGCGAGAGAGGAGUUUGAUCCACUUGUCAAAGAAGUUUCCUCCAAAUUGCGCAGAGCAGGCAUCUUCUCACGAGUAGACGAUUCCAACACUUCUAUCGGCAAGCGCUACGCCCGCAAUGAUGAGCUGGGCACGCCAUUCGGUGUUACGCUUGACUUCGCCUCUGUCCAAAAUCGCACUAUGACACUCCGCGAACGGGAUACCACAGGUCAGCUUAUCGGGUCCAUUGACGAAGUGAUCGCGGUCGUCACGGAGCUUGUCCAGGGAGGUCUUGAUUGGGCAGAAGCAUGUCGACGACUUCCUGCAUAUGACGGUAUACAAGCCGUGGAUUAGUAAUCUGUCAACUCUAAAAUGUUGCGUGGUGGACGGAAAGGUACUUCUCCGAGAGCGUUUGCAUGUUAUGAUAGUUGGCGUGUUAGUUGAAUUCAAGAAGCAAUAGUACACGUUGUAAGGCGUAUAUACGAGUCCACAGCUGUGUAUAUACACGGUGCAUCGAUCAUAUGACUGUAUGUGAA